UCGCCUUGUGUGAAUGAGGGGGGUGGGAUGGGCAGAGAGUUUUUUCCCCCUUUUCUUUCCCCCUUUAAACAAAAACUCAGACUCCCUGGGCAGGACGCGCUCCCCCUCUGUCUUGAUCUGCUCUCUCAGAUGAAAAGGGCUUCAGGCUGGCCAGCGCGAGGACGCGGCAGGAACUUGUCCAUCUUCCCUGCCCCAGACUGCGUGGAGAGACCCUCAGAGUUUGCAUAAGGAGUUGGAAUAAGUCGGGACUCUGGAGUACUUCCGAGCAGAGGCACAGGGGUCUUAUGUGCGCAGAGCCACCCGGCAGAGAGAGAGAGAGAGAAAAGGAACUCUUUCUCUGGCUUCCUUCAGCCCUUGCGAGAGCUUCCCGAUGAGGGUUUUUUUAAAGCCACCUGUGUUUCUCCCAGGCAACUUUUUCCUUCCAGGUGUCCUGCAUUUUGCAAUCAAGUAACCCGGAGAGCGGAGUGUUUUUGGAGAGGCGACUUUCCUUUUCAACGUUAUCCACAGGAAGGAAAGGGGAGAAGGUACCAGGGGAAUUGAAUCCUGUGGGGUUUUUAGAGAUGCCAGGGAAAGACGCAGCAAGUCCCUCUCUCUCCAUGGAUGUAUCUUCAAGCCAGCUCUGAUCAGGGCUUGCUCAGGGGAAGGAAAAGGACUCGGCACAGCGUGGCUUCUUCAGGGGCACUCCAAGUAGGAUUGCUGAGUCUAGCUAGGGACGUUUACAGUCCUCCUUCCCAGCUGCUGAGGAACGCGGCUUUUCGGCGUCAGGAAGGGACAGGGACUCUCUCUCUCCAGCCACCGAGGGAUGUGAAGCCUGGCUUUUCUCAGGGGUGGCAGCCCGAAGUGACUUAUUCUCUUGGAUUGUUGCAAAGGAAGGGUGCAGUCAUGCAGCGCCAGGACUUGUGAAUUCCCGGCUGUGUGGUUGUAGCUACCAAAGGGAGCCCAAGAUGAAACCACCCAUCCUCUUGGUCCUCGUGAGCUGCACUGUAUUUAGCACAAACGUGAAGCUGGUGUCAAAGAGAAAUUCGGUGGAUGGCUGCAUUGACUGGUUAGUGGACCUCAAGAAAUACAUGGCUUUGGCCGGGGAGCCUGUCCGAGUGAAAUGUGCCCUUUUCUAUAGCUACAUCAGGACCAACUACAGCACGGCUCAGAGUACAGGCCUCCGCCUCAUGUGGUACAAGAACAAAGGGGACUUGGAAGAGCCCAUUAUCUUUUCUGAAGUGAGGAUGAGCAAAGAUGAAGACUCGAUAUGGUUCCACGCAGUGGAGGUUCAAGACAGCGGGUUCUACACUUGUGUGUUAAGAAACUCAACAUAUUGUAUGAAGGUGUCUAUGUCCUUGACGGUUGCUGAAAAUGAAUCAGGGCUUUGCUACAACAGUACAAUCCGCUACUUAGAAAAAUCAGAAAUCACUAGAACAAAGAUAAUUUCCUGCCCAGAUAUUGAGGAUUAUAAGACGGGAAACCGAGAACCAGAUGUAAUAUGGUACAAGGAGUGUAAGCCAAAAAUGUGGAGAAGUAUAGUGGUUCAGAAAGAAAAUACUCUCUUAAUACAAGAUGUGCAAGAAGAAGAUGGCGGGAAUUACACAUGCGAGUUGAAGUUUGAAGGGAAGCUAAUAAGACGAACGACCGAGCUCAAAGUUACAGCUUUAGUCACUAAGAGAGCCCCUCAGCCUCUGUACCCUACGGAGAAUCAGACGAGUGUUAUAGAUGUCCAGCUGGGUCAGCCACUAACUGUUGCCUGCAAAGCCUUUUUCGGGUUCAGCGGAGAAUCUGGGCCCAUGAUCUACUGGACGCGAGGAGAGAGAUUUAUUGAAGAACUUGAAAAUCACAUUAAAGAAGGCGAAAUCAGGCUUCUCAAAGAGCAUCUCGGAGAAAAAAUAGUAGAGUUGACGUUGAUCUUUGACACUGUGAAGGAGGCCGACUUGGCCAAUUAUACAUGCCAUGUGGAGAACAGAAAUGGGCGGAAACUUGCAAGCAUCAUCCUGCGCAAGAAAGAUCUGAUCUCCAAAAUUGAGCUUGCCGGGGGCUUGGGAGCGAUCCUCCUCUUGCUGGUCCUGCUAGUCACAAUCUACAAAUGCUAUAACAUAGAGUUGAUGCUGUGUUACAGGCAGAUGUUUGGAGGCGACGAAGCAAUGGAUGACAACAAGGAAUAUGAUGCCUAUCUCUCGUACUCUAAAGUGGAUCCAGACACGUUAGACUGCGACAACAGCGAAGAGGAGCAUUUUGCCCUUGAAAUAUUGCCGGAUGUUCUGGAGAAGCAUUACGGAUACAAGCUCUUCAUUCCCGAUAGGGACCUAAUCCCAACUGGAACAUACCUUGAAGAUCUCGCGAGAUGCGUAGAGCAAAGCCGAAGACUCAUUAUUGUACUAACUCCAGAUUACAUUCUCAGGAGGGGCUGGAGUAUCUUUGAGAUGGAAAACAGACUCCAUAACAUGCUCGUCAGUGGAGAAAUCAAAGUGAUUUUCAUAGAAUGCCCUGAAUUAAAAGGCAAAGUGAAUUACCCGGAAGUGGAAUCUUUAAAGCACACCAUUAAACUUUUCUCAGUCAUCAAGUGGAACGGACCAAAAAGCAGCAAACUGAAUUCUAAGUUUUGGAAGCGCUUGCUCUAUGAAAUGCCUGCCAAGAAGAAAGAGGUUUUGUCCCGGCGCCAAGUCCUGGAUUCUGCUGAACAAGGUCUUUUUGGGGAUCUCCAGACGGUACCUUCCAUUGCUGUGACGGACGCCUCUGCCACGCUGGUUGCAUCUGAGGCAGACUUGAGCAAUUAUCAGCAACCAGAUGCUGUGCAAACGAGACACUACUGCAGAGGAUACGAAUACGACAUGCAGUCUGCAACCUUGCCGCUAGCUGCCCUAAGCAGUAAUCACCACACUUAUUGUAAUAUACCCCUGACACUACUCAAUGGACAGCUACCUCUUAAUAGCAACAUGAAAGAGGCUCAAGAAUUUCAUAGGAACAAUCCCUUGCUACCGUUAUCAACGAGGGAGCUUAGCUUCACCAGCGAUAUAUGGUAGCAAAGAUCUAAGCGUUAAAAUAUUAGCGCAUCAAUGAGAUAAAUUCUUUAAAGGACCUUGAACCCAUAACAUCAGGUGCCAAAAUAUUUUGCCAAGUCACAAGUAACUCACUUUUAUACUUGAACUUCUUUGUUUACAUGUCAAUAUUAGCAGCAAGGGAGACCUACUUUUGUAGUUCACUAAUACGUUCAUAUCUUUUCGUGUACAGUUUUAUUGCUUCUUUAUAUUUAAGAGGGCAUUGGGGAGUAUUUUAAAGUAGGGUUUUACAGUCUGGUGAUGGAUUGACAUUGGCACUAUAUACAAUAGAGUAAGACUUCUUAUUUAUAUAUCAGUAUGUCUGAAAUUGAAAUGGAUUUUUUAAGAACAUUAGAUAGAAAGCGACAACACAAUUCUCAAAUUGAACACAACAUAAGCUACAAAAGGAAGUAUUGUCAUUUCAAAGCACACCUGGAGGACCUGUCAGAAAGAUAAUAUUUUAAGAGAUCUUUCCUCUAAGAUGGUCACCAGUUCAUUUUUGAAGAUGGGCCAGACGGAACCUCUGUUGAUGACAGCUUCUAGCUAUCACUCAGCAAUCCCCAUGGUUGGAAAACAUCUCACUCACUUAACAUCACUCAUCAUUUUGUUAUCAAAAAUAUUUUUCUUAGUCCUACUUGAUUACUACUAUUCUUGUUUUUCUUAAAUUCUGAGAAGGUUGAUGAUAGUUUAGCUUCUGUAGAUUUUUAAAGCUUCUUUAAACUGCCUUUGCAGGUUUUUAAGGACUUUCUUCCUCUUACAUUUUAUGUACCAAAUGGAUUGUCUUGUUAACAGACUGCUGGUCUGAGCAUUUCUUAACCUUCUUGACCUUGUAAGAUUUGUAUUAAUUAAUAGUAAUGUGAAUUUCACACAGGGUUAUUUUCCCCCACCCCCAGAUUUUAAAGUUGUUGCAGCUUUCAAAUUGAUAUUUGACACUACGCAUCAGCAAUAGAAAAAGAGAAAUACAGCAAUACUCACAACAGAAGUGCUGAAUUGUUCGGAUUACCGGUGGUACAACUUCAGUUGCAGCGAUAAUCACAGCAGAGAGAGUUUACACACAGUGGGCACAAUCCAUUAAAGGGUAGAUUUCAGAGGAAGCUGCUCUUAUGUUGCAGGAGCAAUGGCAUUGCUGAUCCAUCUGGGCUAAGUAGCAUGCCACUUUCAAAGUGUGAGGAGGAGGAGGAGGAGGAGGAGGAGGAAGAUCACAUGCAAAGGCAUGUCAAGCUAGCUGCCCCCUCCCCCCGCCAUGGUCAUCCCUUCUUCUGGGCCACAUCACCACACUGAUGUGGUGGCCUCUGCUAUGUAACUUCUCCCUUUCUUGUAAGGCCAGCUCCAGAGGGUUGCACGGCUGAGCAUUCGCUGGGCUCUCAAGGCAGCGCCCCCAUAGCUCAAUGGCAGAGCAUCUGCUUGGCAUGCAGAAGGUCCCAGCUUCAAUCCCUGGCAGCAUCUCCAGGUAGGGCUGGGAGAGACGCUGCCAGUCAGUGUAGGCAAUACUGAGCUAGAUAGACCAAUGGUCUGACUCAGUAUAAGGCAGCUUCCUAUGUCCCACCGUUCUUACUUAGUAUGGAACAUUUAAGAAUGCCAGCAGUGGUAUGGGAGAACCCUGGGGAGGGGUUGUCACGCCAUGGUAGAGGGCAUGCUUUGCACACAGGAGGUUUCAGGUUCAAUCCUCGAAACCUCCAGUCAGGGCUGGGGGAAAAGCACCUGGGCCCUUUCCAGACUAGCUGCUCAACAGCAGCAAAAUGACUCCGUUCAGGCAAGUUGCAUUCGAAAUGUAAACAGCAGGGGGAGCCGUCUCGCAGCAACUAACAACCCCCCCAAACAGCAACUUUUUCACGCUGGAUAUACAACAUCCUAGCUCUAUAUUGCAGCAAUUAAAUUUGCCACAAGGCAUUGGACAUGUGAACGGCACCCUGCAGUACAUGUCGGGACUGCGGUGUCACAAUGCAGGAAGCGUGGAAGCACACUCCCAAGCUCCGACAUGACCCUGUUGCCGGGUCUAAUCUGGAAAGCGCCCUGGUCUGAAAUCCUAGAGAGCCACUGCCGAUCAGAGUAGACAAUCACUGAAAUAAUCUCGUUCGCAACAAUAAUAAUAAAAAACUCUGUUAGCUGCCCCAUAACAAAUUGUUCUCUGGGCAGCUCACAACAGAGGGUUAACAUAUACAACACAUAACACAUUAAAUCAUAAAAGAAAGAAAAAGAACAAAAUAAAAUACAAUAUACAAUACCAAGCAGCUUCAAAACUCAUUUUAAAAUUAGUUAAUAAUCAGAACAAGUCUGAAAACCAGGAUUUAACCCGCCUGGGUGAACAAAAAGGUCUUUACCUGGUGUCUACAAGAACGAAGUGACGAAGCCAGGCGGACCUCACUGGGGUAGGCUGUUCCAUCAACACUGGCUUCGAGCCAGCUUGCAGACCCUGGCUGGUCAAGGCUAACAGUGGGUGUCUUUGCCAAGGGACCUCCUAAUCCUGGAGCCAGCGCUGCAGUCCAAUAUUGACCAGAGUGCCUUGGGAUGGAGCAGCAACCACCCCGCUCCUGUAACACAAGAACUGGCUGUUACCAGAGAUCGCUUGCCACAUAGUGCUUAACCUGUACCCCUUUUUGAGAUGGCAUAAACCAGGCCUGCUCAACUUUGAGGGGCCCCAGCAGUUUUUGGACUACAGCUCCCUGUGCCAUUUUGGAAGGGUGGGAUAUAAAUUGAACAAAUAACUAAAUAAAAUAAUCCCCAGCCACAGUGCCCAAUAGCCAGAGAUUAUGGGAGUUGUAGGCCAACAUCUGCAGGAGGGUCCAAGUUGAGCAGGCCUGGUAAACAGCGCUGCAUAUGCUCUUAUUUGCAUAGCAAUGAUAUGUGUAUGCCAAGAGCAGUGUACAUGGUUAUGUUUACCCUCACAACAACCCUGUGAGGUAGGUUAGGCUGAGAGAGACGUGACUGGUCCAGAGUCACCCAGUGAGUUUCAUGGCUGAAUAGGGAUUUGAACUCGGGUCUCCCCGGUCCUCGUCCAGCACUGUAACCACUACACCACACAGGCCAGUCCCGUUAAAUGCCACUCACUUUGAGCAACAGAACAGCUGCUCCCAUCCCACUGCAAUAACAUGUGCAUUUUCCAGCCAUAUUGUUUUAGUUAGUUAUUUCAGAAGUUCAUAUCCCACUUUUCAACUUUGAAGAAGUUGCCCAGUGAUGUUCCAUGAGAAUCAUGAAAAACCACCCUUCAUUAAGAUGCAAUACUGAAUAAAACUAAAUCUGAGAGCAACACAAGCAUUUAAAGUCACAUCAGGUAAUAAAAACAUUUUUUAAAAAAAAAGCAGAACACAAAACAAGAACUUCUGGUAAAACAACCUGCACCAUCCCUCUCUUGAACAGUGGCUUUGCUUUUUAAUUAAGAUGUUUAUACCACACUUUUUCAAAACUCAGAUAUCAAAUCUAAACAGUGAUCACUAACAACAAGCAGUGAGGGGAAAGUCUGAAAAUAUGAUGGCACAAAAAUGCAUUAGGAAAAUGACAGGGAAAGGUCACCUUCUGGAGAUUUUUUUGCACAUUUUGAAUGACAAUAGAAACCACAAUAGCACAGUAGCUUUUUGACCAGAGAAUGCAACACUGGUACUGUGAAUCUGCAUGCCUGUGAAUUUAAUUGACUUAUAAACUCACUACAGGGCAACUGGGACCUCCUGGAUGCUCGUUACCACCAAUGUUUCCUGUAACAGGGAUUCCCAGAUAUUGUCGACUACAACUCCCAUCAUCUCCAGCCAAAGGCAACUGCAGCUGGAGAUGAUGGGAACUGUAGUCAACAACAUCUGGGAAUUCCCUGUUUCAAGGAACACUGGUCACUACAGCCAAGCAGAAAUUUGGCUAUGCUUGCCUGAAAGUCUAAUUGAGAUUAGCAGCAAUCCACGAAGUUCUAACUGAUGUGUGAUGUGUUUAUAUCUUUCUAUAUGAAGACAUUUGAGCCUUGCUUGACUCACUGACGACGUUAUCAAAUCAUUGCGCUACUUCCAUAACAUGCAGAAAGCAGAAAUGUGGCACACACAUAGCCUAAUACUUGGAUUACGAGAUAAUUCUGGAAGUGCGGUUUGUUUGUUUUUAAACCUCCCUUCCUUAAAACUCAAGAUGAAGUAGGCCUAACAAUGGAGAAGCUUCCGCACACCCAACAAGGCAGACACAGUACAGGAAAUUGGCUCUUCACACAUUACAUGUAGGCUUGGAGGGGGGUUGCAGUGGCAGCCAAGAGCAUAAGUCUGAAAAGAAGGAUGGCAUCAGAGUUCCUUGGAACUCCACAUUUCAUGCACUUUGACCUGUGGUGGACAAGGAUGUUUCUGUGCUAGCAUUUGCAAGCCUUAUUAAUUAGUGCCACUACCUUGCAGUCCUCGGAAUUACUUAGGUUUGCCCGUGAUUUUCUAUCAAAACAUAAACGAAUGCCAGCGUAAAGAGUAAAUAAAUCAAUACAUUGCCCCAAGAUCAUAACAAAGAACCCAGAUGUACAAUAAUCCACAUAGGUUCUGUGCUCCUCUGUUGCUAGUUUAUCAAUCUGGGUUCACAAACCUUGGUCCCCAGAUGUUGGGUGACUACAACUCCCAACAAUGGCCUUCAGCCAUUGUUUCUUAGGAUGAUGGGAGUUGUAGUCCAACUUCUGGGGACCAAAGUUUGUGAACCCCAGGUCUGAUGUCAUCCUUGCAGCCUUUUUCACAGCUCCUGUUGUUAUGAUAGUUGAGGGCUUUUUCCUAUACACAUGAUGAUACAUUCAUUUUACACCAAUAUGAACUAUGGAUGUCUAGAAAUACUUAAAAAAAAACAACCCUCAUUACACAAUGUAAGACUCUCGGCAUUAAUUCUUGGCCAAAUUAAAUUCUCCAGACAUAUAGGUUAUUUAAAAUAUUUUUCUAUUGAGAGAGAGAGAGAGAGAGAGAGAGAGAGAGAGAGAGAGAGAGAGAGAUAUGAUUUUACCUCUCUCUAUAUAAAAAGAUAUCUAUUAGACAUGUAUUUCAGAGAAGAAAUGACAUUUACAAAAUUUGCACUGCUUUUUUAAGCUGUUCCAAGAAUUGUGUUUACACUGGUUAUGUUCUUUAAAUGGGAAAAAAGUGUAACUUAUUUUUAAAAAUGAAAAAAAAAGUGCAUGAAGAGAACUGCAUAUGGUUAAGCAAAAAACUGUACUUUCCAUUUUUAUUUUAUUUUUUAAACUUUCAAGUGGUUCUGAGAUCUGGUUCAUUCAUAUUGAACAUUGGGGACAGUGCUGUCUCAGAAGUGGAAACUGACAAGGAACAUUCAACUUCUUUUGUUUGCCAGCUAUCAAAAUGUGGGCAUACAUUUCAGGUGGCUUCAAUCUGUCUUGUAGAUCUUCAACUACAACAUAUGUUUGCCACUGAUGGAAUCUCUUGAAAAGAACAGUUUUUCUACCAUUUCUCCAAGGAUUAUUCAUGACUUUUUUUGUAUCUCUGUAUCUAUAGUUGAGUUCUAGCUGACAAGUCACAACCUGUUUUAACUGGAGAUUUCAAAGAUGUGUAUCAUGUUCUUCUGCAAUAUAUACAAAACUUGGAACCAU